UGCUCCACUUCCACACUGCCCAUUUUAAACCUAAAAGUGAGGUUACAGUAGUACAACGCGUGCUGGUUGAAAAUAAACAACUAAAGGCGAAAAUCAUGGGAAGAACUGAGAGGAAAAGAAAGCGAAAACAUUACAUUGAGAAAUUGGACUCUGAUCCCGCAAUAAUAGCUCUAAAAAAAUGGUUGAAAUCCAAUAAUUGGAUGAAUGACACAAAAUUAACAUUAAAAAACUUUCCAAAUACAGGACGUGGUGUAGCGUCAUUAAAUAACUUUAAGAAUAACGAUAUUAUUAUUUGCGUACCAUUUCAUUUAAUGAUAACUUUAAAUACUGUUUUAAAUUCUAAUAUUUUGAAACAUAUUUUAUUUUCACAAACUGAAAUAAAUUUAUGCCAAAUUAAGAUGCAAGAUUUGCUUUCAUUAUUUUUAAUUACACAUAAAAAUGAUUCGGUAUGGAAAAGUUACAUUAACUCUUUACCUGAUGAGCCACCACCUCUUCCCUGGCUUUGUGAUGAAGAAGAUUUAAAAAUGGUUCCCAACGACAUACAAAAUAUAUUAAAAAAAUAUAUAGAAAUAUGUGAUGAAAGUUAUCAACGACUAAAGCAAAUCCUAAAAAACGAUAUUGAGAUAGAAUUUAAAGAAUUUAGAUGGGCUUACUGUAUGGUCAAUUCUAGGGCAGUUUUCGUAAAUCCACAAAUAAUACUAUCGUUAACUAAGUACAAGUCAAAUAUAUUACUAGAUGAUCCAUCAAUGGCAUUAUGUCCGUAUUUGGAUAUGUUUAAUCACGAUUUUGAAGCAGGCACAGAAGCUGAACUUGUUGAAGUCAAUGGGAAGUACUUUUAUUCUUUGAAAACACUAUUUGAUUACAAGAAGAACGAACAAGUUUUCAUAUCUUAUGGACCACAUGAUAACCUGAAGUUACUUAUGGAAUAUGGAUUUUUUAUUCCUGGCAAUAAGUUUGACGUCGUCAAAUUCUCUUUUUCUGAAGUGACAGAAGUGCUUCAAUUGGUACUCGAUGGAAGACAGUAUAAGUUUGUAAAGGAGCACGGACUAACUGAAGAACUUUACAUUGGUUAUUCUGGAAUAUCAUUCAACUUGAAAGGAUUGAUAUUUGUAGGACAAAAUUGUCAACUUAAAAAUUACAAUUGUAUUAUUUAUAGUGACAGUUAUCCAGAUGAUUUUAGCACAUCUCUCAGAAGGUUUAGAAAUGUAUUGUUGGAAUUCAAAUUGUCAAUGUUUGAAAGAGAUAUGUUAAAUUUUAAUUGUAUGUUAAUUAAAAAUGUGUACAUAAAGAAUUUAGAAGAUUAUUUAAGAUAUAGAAUAAGUUUUAUAAAAGAAUUAAUAAAAAAAUAAUAUUUUA